UGAACCCCAAGGACAGGGUUGGCUCCUUCUCUCCCUCUGUCCAUCUCCUCCCUGCACCAUGGCCCUGUGCGCUCUGCCUCUCUGUCUCCUGGGGCUGUUCCUGGCAGGUUCUUGUGCCCAGCACGUGGUGACGCAGCCGCCCUCAGUGUCAGGGUCUCCAGGGCAGACAGUGAAACUCUCGUGCAGCGUCAGUGGAGGAUACGACAUCAGUAGCUAUGGAAUAGGCUGGUUCCAACAGACCCCUGGGAAUCCUCCCAGAUACCUGCUCUAUUAUUACAGUGAUUCUAACACAGGCAGGGGCACUGGGGUCCCGGACCGGUUCUCUGGCUCUGCCUCCGGCAGUGUUGGCUACUUAACCAUCUCUGGGCUCCAAGCUGAGGAUGACGCUGGUUAUUACUGUCUGACUUGGGACAACAGCGCUAACAUGUAUGUCUUCGGUGGAGGAACCCAGCUGACCGUCCUUGGUCAGCCAAAGGCAUCUCCCACCGUGCACCUCUUCCCUCCAUCCUCGGAAGAGAUAAAAACAAAAAGCAAAGCCACACUGGUGUGUCUGCUGGGCAGCUUUUACCCAGGGUCAGUCCAAGUCACCUGGAAAGCUGAUGGCCAGCAGAUCUCCUCUGGAGUGGAGACGACCAAACCCUCCAAACAGAGUGACAACAAGUACAUGGCCAGCAGUUACCUGUCUCUGGAUGCAUCAAAGUGGAAGACCCAUGAGACCUACACCUGCCAGGUGACACACGAUGGGAAGAGCUUCGAGAAGUCCCUGAAGAGCUCAGAGUGUUCUUAACCCUCUGACCCCCAGAGGGCUCGGCCGGUUCCCGUGUCAGUCUGUAGGGGGCUCCCCAAGGGAGUCAGGAUCUGUCUGUAGCAUUCCCACAAUGCUGAUUUCCAGCAAAUCUGCUUCCUCCUUUAGGUGGGGGAUUUUACCAAUCUAUAUGUCACCUGUCUUUAUUCCUACGCCCCCACUUCUCUCACCCGCCUGCAUUCCCUGGAACUGUCCUUCCUGCUUUAGUCUCUGAUGCAGCCUUGUUAUGAUAUUAAUAAAAUCAGAAAAAUUUGACCAUCGCUGUGACUCUGAAGAGUUUAACAACUUCUGUCCCUUUUACAUCUCAUGUAUUAAUUGCAAUAUUCACCUUC